CGUGGGAGAAAGGGGGCAGCAGCAUUAUGGAAAAUCUCACCUCGCCAGAGCUUUGACCGGCCGUUUGGAUGGUCAAACGACCUCCGUUUCGGCUCAGAUUUUGAGGGGGUGUUCUACUCGACGAGAGGAACAAUCCUACGGUGGCUAAUCAUAUUUUUAGCGGCUACAUUCUUAGAUCUGUGGUAAGGUGGACAGAAAGAAGAAAAUGAUGAACAGACAUGAGAAAAAUGCCUAUAAUUUUGUACAGGGAAUCAGAGAGCAUGUGAGAUUAGGGCUUAAGAUCUCUGAAACUGUGAAGGGGAAGUUGAGCUUAGGGGCUAGAAUUCUUCAACUAGGGGGAGUGAAGAGAGUUUUCAAGCAAAUUUUUGGUGUUGGAGAAGGAGAGAAGCUAUUGAAGGCUUCUCAAUGCUAUUUAUCAACAACAGCAGGCCCUCUAGCUGGCCUCCUCUUUAUCUCUACUCAAAGGGUUGCCUUUUGCAGUGAGAGAUCAAUCAAAUUCUCUUCUCCAAAUGGUGAAUUGGUUAGAUUCCAUUACAAGGUCUCAAUCCCACUGAGAAAGGUAAAGAGAGUAGACCCAAGUGAGAAUGUGAAAAACCCAUCUCAGAAGUACAUGGAAAUAGUCACUGUAGAUAAUUUUGACUUCUGGUUUACGGGGUUCUUGAAUUACCAGAAAUCUUUCAACUGUCUCCAACAGGCACUGUCUCAAUCUUGAAUGAGUUACAAACCAAACCAGAAGUGAUUCAAGUAGAAUGGUUUUCCUCUCUGCUUCAUUAGGUGUAUUUACAUGCAGAAAAAAUCUGCACAGCCCAAAACUCUGUAUAAAGUAUUUAUUAAUGAAAUUUGAUCUCCUAUUCUUCAACUA